AUGCUUAUACUCGGAGAGUGCGAGAAACUCCUCGGCGAUGGUCUCCUACGUUUGCCCAAGAAACACAAUUACCGAUAUGGCCCCGCAGCAGAGAAGGAAUUACUAGAGCUUCUAUUCCGAUCGCUCGUGGGAUAUGACAGUGAGCUCAUCCGAGGGCUUUUCCCGGAAGGUCUCCCGGCAGGGCCAUGGAAAUUGGCAGAAGCACAGGGUGCCCGGGAAGGUGCCGAAUACAGCGAGGCGGCACGAGGCAAGCGUUGCGGUCAUAUCUUCCGAGCUGGUGAAGCCACAUACCGAUGUGUGACAUGCGCUGCAGACGAUACGUGUGUGCUGUGCAGCCGGUGUUUCGAUUCCUCUGAUCACACCGAUCACCAAUAUCAGAUUUCACUUUCAUCUGGGAACUGCGGCUGCUGUGAUUGUGGUGACGACGAGGCGUGGAGGCUUCCGCUCUUCUGUGCGAUCCAUACCGAUAGCGGCAAUGCUAAGGGCAAGGAACGCGCGCAGCGAGAACUGCCCCCUGAUCUCGUUGCUUCGAUACGUCUAACUAUAUCGCGUGCAUUGAACUAUUUCUGUGAUGUCAUUUCUUGCUCGCCAGAGCAAUUGCGCCUGCCAAAGACCAUUGAAGCUAUCAAGCAGGAUGAGGUCGAAUCCCGCUUGCGACCUGGAUGGUAUGGCGCUGGCGAUGAAGUUCAAGAAGAUCCUGAAUUCGCAGUCAUGUUGUGGAAUGACGAGAAACAUACCAUGCGUGACGUUUCGCACCAGGUAACCCGGGCUUGUCGUGAAAGAGAUAGCUUCGGCAUUGCCCGUGCUCACGAAACGAACGAUUUUGGUCGCAGUGUGAUCAAGUACUCCAAGGAUCUGGAAAGAUUGUUGAACGUUUCAAAGAUCAUCGAAGAUAUCAAAGUCACUGUUACGGUGCGAUCUGCGCGUGACACUUUUCGCGAACAGAUGUGUGCUACGAUUGUCGAGUGGUUUGCUGAUAUCGCCGGGUGCGAGAUUCUUGAGGACAACGAGAUUUUCCGACAGAUAAUCUGCGAGGAAAUGCUUUCUCCCUGGCAGAAGGGCAGCGGCGGGUAUAAUGAAGAUAUUGGCAUGCAGGGCAUCGACGACCACCAGAAAACCGAAAACCUUCCCGGUCGUACUUUAUUGAUCAACCUUCCUACUCAUGGCCAGGUCAUCGUGACUGCCGAUGAGGACGAUCUUCUUGAGGACGAUGUGAUCGACCAAGACGAAGACGAGGAUGAGGACUAUGUCGAGGCUCAAGACGCUGAUGAUGAGGAAGACGAUGAGAUGGAAAUGGAACUCAGCCGUCUGCAGGCCGAGCAGGAUGGCCAGGACGACGACGACGAAAUGGACUUGGAGGGCGCCGAGGAUGAACUUGCUUUGGCUGAGCGGAUUCUUGCCAGCCUGAAUGGUCAACCACCACCAGCUCCUCGUCCAGCGCCUGCUGAGUCUGCAGAUCGGCCACUGGCUGACCGUGAAGACUCAGUACCCGGGAGCCCUGCGCCUGAGUCAGGCCCCCCUGGUUAUAUACCAAUUCCCAAAACGCCCGGUCCUGCCUACAGCAGGCUUAAGCGAUCCUCCACAGAGAGCCACUGGAAGUCUCAACCACCCAUGCCCGCAGCAGGUGAAAGUGUACCACCCUAUGAAGAUCUGUGGAAACGCACCCGUCUAGACUGGCUGGUGCUUUACGACCUGCGGCUGUGGAAGAAGACACGCACUGAUCUGCGUGAUCUUUACAUUAGUACAGUUGUCAAUGUUCCUCAAUUCAAACGCAUCAUGGGACUGCGUUUGUCUGCGCUUUACACAGCUUUGGCACAAUUGUAUCUCAUUGCAGACAGAGAGCCGGAUCAUUCAAUCGUCAAUCUGUCAUUGCAGCUUCUUACCACACCCUCGAUCACCGAAGAGAUUGUCCUGCGAGGGAACUUCUUGACGAAGGUGAUGUCAAUUCUUUAUACCUUCUUGACAACAAGACAGGUUAGCGAACCCUCAGAGGUCGAUCCUCAGGCUACAUUGGCCUUUGAUGCCGGCUCAGUUACAAACAGACGUCUCUAUCACUUCUUCCUUGACCUUCGUUAUCUCCUCCAGUCUGAAUAUGUCCAGCACCGUGUUAGGACUGAGGAACAAUACCUUCCUCAGUUCCUUGACCUCGUCAAGCUGUCACAGGGAAUAUGUCCUAACGUUCGUGCCGUCGGUGAACACGUUGAGUACGAAACGGAUGCUUGGAUUAGUGCCUCUAUCCUCAUGCGUGAGAUCAACCGCUUGUGUCGCCAAUUCUGCGAGGCCUUCCGCAACCCCGAGAUCGACAAUGGCGUAAACCUCCUUAGAGCGAUUGAAACCACCGCCGCCACCGCCAUUGUGCACUCCACUGGUCUCGAACGCCAGCGAUUCGAUCAGGCAGAAAUCAAGGACGACUUGAAAUUCAGAGUUUUGCCCCCAUUCGACUUUGAAUAUUCUUCUUCUGGUCCCGCCAUCUGUCACCGAGUAGUCGAAUUUGUGGUUGAACGAGGAUCCAUCAGUUUCCACCAUGCGCUUCACUACACAUUGUCGUGGCUUGUUGAGUGCGGGCGAAACAUCAGCAGUGAGACGAUGCGCACUGCUCUCUUGAAUGCUGGAGCCCAUGCACAAGAACACAUCCGCACAGUCAAGGCUAACUUUACCAGCCCCUCGGACGCUAUGCUCGUUUCCCAAGGACCUGAAGAUCUCCUGCUCAUCAUGUUUGACUAUCCUCUUAGGGUUUGCGCUUGGUUAGCCCAAAUGAAGGCUGGAAUGUGGGUUCGCAAUGGUCUCAGUCUUCGUCACCAAAUGUCCCAGUAUCGUGGUGUCUCAUCUCGUGACUUUGCCUACUACAGGGACAUUUUCCUUCUCCAGACUGCCCUUGUGGUCUGUGAUCCUAGCAGAGUUCUCGCCACCAUCGCUCACCGUUUCGGCAUGGUUGAAUGGAUGGCUCGGAACUACAUGCCUCGGGCUGGAUAUGAAGACUCGCAACUUGUGGACGUUGCGGAAGAAUUUGUCCAUUUAUUGGUCAUUUUGCUGACUGAUCGGACAUCUUUGACGGCCAUCGAUGAUAGCACACAUCUGACCCACGAGAACAUCAAACGUGACAUUGCUCACGUCCUGUGCUUCAAGCCCCUUUCUUUCUCAGACCUCUCUACUCGUCUCAGUGACAAGCUAUUGGAUUCCGACAUGUUCCAAGAUGUGCUCGAAGAUGUUGCGAACUUCCGUCCUCCUGAGGGUCUGAGUGACUCCGGAACUUUCGAAUUGAAGCCUGAACAUUUGGAUCUCAUUGAUCCUUACAGCGCACACUAUACAAAGAACCAAAGAGAUGAAGCAGAGAAUAUCUACAAGGAAUGGAUGGCGAAGAAGACAGGCAAGAAUGCCUCUGAUAUUGUAUUCGAGCCAAAACUUCAACCUAUCAGUUCCGGCAUGUUCUCCGAUCUUCCCAGAUUUGCUGGAACUAUGCUCUUCGCGCAGAUUGUACACCAAUGCCUGGAAUAUGUCGUUUCAUCCAAAGAGUGCACACCGAGCAUCCCGCCCACUCGUGUUGAAACUUUCCUUCAAGUGAUCUUGCAUCUCAUCUUGGCUGCAGUGCUGGAAGAUAACUCCGAGGAAACUGAUAUGGUAGAGGAUCAUUCCAAUUCUUUCAAUUGGAAUGCUUUGUCCAAGGCCCGCCAGAUCAAGGCAGGUAAUCUGACCAUCGUCGGACUGCUGGAGAAGAUUUCUGUCACGAACGAAUUCUCAGGCUCUGGUCCUAAGAUCCGUCACAUUCUGAAACGUCUGUGGCAAAAGCGCCCUCGCACCUAUUCUUCCGCAACAGCGUCUCUUCGAUUCCCCUUCGAUCGCAUUGACACCAACUCCCCUGCGAUCGAUCUGGACAAUGAUAAAGACACCAAGAAGAAACAGGCACUAGAGAGACAAGCCAAGGUCAUGGCUCAGUUCCAGGCUCAACAACAACAAUUCUUGACGAACCAGCAGGGUAGCUUUGAUUGGGGCGAGGAGGAUUUCAGCGACAUGGAGUCAGACACAGAUGCUACUCCAGAGAAGAAGACAUGGAAAUACCCCAGUGGAACCUGCAUUCUGUGUCAAGAAGAGACAAAUGAUUCCAGGCUAUAUGGUACAUUUGCGUUGGUCCAGGAUAGCACAAUCCUCAGGCAGACCGACAUCCGGGAUUCUGAUAGAAUCCGAGAGGUUCUCAAGACACCCUCAAGUCUGGAUCGAUCGGCGGACGAACUGCGGCCAUUCGGUAUCUCCGGGGAGAAUCGCACCACGAUCAAGCGUCUGGAUUCUUCGGGCAGUGAAGUCAUCAGUGAGAAGAUUGGCCUUAGCAAAGGAUUCAAUGCAAAGAGCACACUGCGUGGGCCUGUAACCACUGGCUGUGGACACAUCAUGCAUUAUUCUUGCUUUGAGCAAUACUAUUCAGCAACCCAAAAGCGCCACACUCAACAAAUUGCGCGUCAACACCCUGAAAACACUGCCCUAAAAGAGUUUGUGUGUCCUUUGUGCAAGGCACUUGGAAAUACGUUUUUACCCAUCACCUGGAAGGGCAAGGAAGAGUCUCCCAUGGUUCCACUCAGCCCAGCCGACUCAUUUGAUCAGUGGAUCAGUUCUGGUUUGAAGUAUGCACUGAACCAACCGCAAAAUCUCACUGUCCUUAUGGAAAAGGACAAGGUCAAUUCUCAGCCAUACACAGACCUUUUCAUUGAGUACCUUGCCAAAAACUUGGUUCCUCCUCUCUCAACAAAGAUUGAUCAACUGAUGGCAUCAUCUUUCCCGGCAAGUGCUGCCGCACAGUAUAUAGCAUCUGCACGCAUGCCUAUGCCAGGUAUAUUCCCUCCUUCUGAGGACAUGACGCCUUCUAGCCCUCUGCAGCAGGCGUCGAGCCCCUCGGAUAGCUCUAUGGCGGAGUUGCUACAGAUCUACAGGCGUAUGAAGAAAACCCUGAAGAUGAACAGCGUCGGCUCUGCGUUUAACAACACCACCGAAGCUAACAAUGGGGAGGAUCUUGUGCAUACUGAUUCUUUGAUCCGCAGCUUUGGCUUCAGUAUUGCUGCUGUUGAGAUUGCGCAGCGUGGUAUUGAGUCAGAGCCUGGCUCCACCUUGCUAGAUAAAAUCCCUCCAUUGAUACUGACGCAUCUGCGCGUUCUAUCAGAGACUGCAUUGACAUACGCUGCUGUUGGAUGUCUUCACUCAACGGCACAAUCAAAGACUCGCCCAACCAGCGAGUUCCAAGAGAUGCAUCGCCAGAAGAUCUGCCAGCUGCUUGUCGGCCACCCCUGCUUGAGUGGAACAGCAUUGCUCAACGAUGUCCGUAACAUCGAGCCAUUGCUCGCUGUUGAUCCAUUCGUUUUCCUUGCAGAAUCUUCGUUGUCUUUGCUUCCCGUUCUUCACAUUGACAUUCGCCAUCUUGUACAAAUGUGCUUCGUAGCCGAAAUUGUCAAGGUUGCUGUCACCUUCAUUCUUUGGCCACUUGGAUUGAAGGAAGAGCUUGCAAAUCACCCGGACGAUCAUUAUUCCAAUAAUCUUACCGAAGAAAAGUUCGGAGUAACCAAGCAGUUCUUUGAUUCCAUCGUGACUGAACUCAAGGCAAACUCCGUCGGUCGCGCCGAAGGCUCCUCUUUCCCUGCUGAGAGUGGCUAUGUCAAGGAUGGCGAGGAAACCGCGACCCCAGUCGUUAUUGCCGGCUUCCGCCGACUCGUCACAAGCUACGGCUUGACCUUCUUGCGCAAGGCAGUCAUUCUUCUUCACGUCCAGCACGGCGUGGAGUUCCCGAAUACUGGCUUUGACGUCGAAUCACCCGAGCUGGAGCGCCUCACCAAGGCUCUCCAACUGCCAUCCAUUGACGAGAUUCUCAUGUCCGUCAAGCCCGCCCGCAAGAGCAACAGUCCCUUUGAUGCAGUUAUCUCCGGAUGGAUCUUCCACUGGAAUGCUUCUCGUUCCGGAAUCCGCUUCGAAGACCACAGGCUCUGGCCGAGCCUGUCCCACCCCGCUAUCUUCGAGCUCGUCGGGUUGCCGAAGAACUUUGAUAGCCUGAUCGAAGAGGCGAAUCGUCGACGUUGCCCGACGACCAAAAAGGAAAUCACCGAUCCCAGUAUCUGUCUGUUCUGUGGAGACAUUUUCUGCUCCCAGGCCGUAUGUUGCAUGACGAACAAACUUGGUGGUUGUAACCAGCAUCUCCAAAAAUGUGGCAAGAACAUUGGUCUGUUCAUCAAUAUCCGCAAAUGCACAGUCCUUUACCUUCACAACUCAAUUGGAUCAUGGCACUACGCCCCCUACCUCGACCGCCACGGCGAGGUCGACCCUGGUCUCCGCCGCAACCGCCAGCUUAUCCUCAACCAGAAGCGAUAUGACCGGCUCCUGCGCGACGUCUGGCUGUCUCACUCUAUCCCAGCUACGAUCAGUCGUAAAUUGGAGUCAGAGAUCAACAAUGGUGGUUGGGAAACUAUCUAA